AUGGCCGAUACCGCUCUUACCCCCGUGCCCUCACGCACUGGGACGCGCCCCGUCAGCGAGGCGCUCUUGAACGAAAAGUGGGACCGCUGCCUCUCAAACCUCAUCAUCAAGUCCUCCCUCGGCCUCGGCUUUGGCGUCGUCUUCUCCGUGCUUCUGUUCAGACGGCGCGCGUGGCCGGCCUUUGUGGGUGCCGGCUUUGGUGCCGGGCGCGCAUACGAAGAGUGCAAUUACAGCCUCAAGGCGGCGGCGCGGGAUAUCAGAAAACAGGCAUGA